UCAAGCACCUAGGCAUGCAGACUGCUUCUACAAACAUUUGUGAAAGAAUGGAUCACUCUCAGGAGCUCAGUGAAUUCAAGCGUGGUACUGUGAUAGGUUGUCACCUGUGCAAUAAGUCCUAACCCCGGAAAUUUCCUUGCUACUAAAUAUUCCACGGUCAGCUGUAGGUGGUAUAUAACAAAGUGGAAGCAACUGGGAACAACAGCAACUCAGUCACGAAGUGGUAGGCCACGUAAAAUGAUAGAGCAGGGUCAGCACAUGCUGAAACGCACAGUGUGCAAAAGUCGCCAACUGUCUGCAGAGUCAAUGGCUAAAGAUCUCCAAAUUUCGAGUGGCCUUCAGAUUAGCACAACAACAAUGCGUAGAGAGCUUCAUGGAAUGGGUUUCCAUGGCCGAACAGCUGCAUCCAAUCCUUACAUCACCAAGUGCAUAACUCUAGAGCAGUGGAGAUGUGUUCUCUGGAGUGACAAAUCACACUUCUCUAUAACAGUAUUUGCCUGACUGCAUUGUGCCAAGUGUAAAGUUU